AUGUCAACAACAGAGAACACAACAACAGUUAUAGUCCAUGAAGCUAUAAAUGAAGAAUAUGAGUGGGUUCAGUUUAACAAACAACUCCGCCUCAUUCGUUCGGUCAAAGACGAUAUGUACCAAAUGCAAAGUAUUUUGACAGCAUGUUUUGCUCCAGAUACCAAACAUACAGACGAUUGGUUCAAAAACCAAAGCACACAAGAACUUUUGAGCGAAGCACAGCGAGACAGACUUUUUUCUGAAAACAGUGAAGAACAGCGAGACAUACUUUUUUCGGGGUCGCCUAAAACUCUAUGA